AUGAUUUCCCGACCCAAGGUCGUUGUACUACCCGUUACCGAUCAAGUAAUCCAGCGUGUUGAAGCUUGGGCUGCUGCCAAAGGUGUUACUUCCAUGAAGUUCUUCGAUAAGAAGAGAGAUUUGGAGACAUUUCAAGAUGGCGAUCAAAUUGCAGGAGUGGAUGACACGGAACAAGGUUACUUAGAAGAAGCCUUUGAUCAGGACUAUGAACCUGAAGAUGAAGAUGAACGUGAUUUCAAUCUACGUGGACAAUUCGAUGAUAUCGAUGACUCCGAAAGAGAAGAGCUCUUGGCAGAUGCAGACAAUGAUGUUGAUGAUAUGCCGGAACUCACUGUCAGAUUCCAAGGAGAUGAUGACUAUGAAUCAGACGACGAUUCGGGUGAUGAAGGCGAUGAAGAGGAAGAACCUAUUGUGGCCGAUUUGGAUCACCAUCAAGAAAAUGUCGAUAGAGGGACCGAUGAUAUUGGGAGCCUCGUUACUGAUCUGGAGGACCUACAAGAGCCGCCAGAAGAAGAGAUUGUAUUUGAGCCUGAAGAGCCUCAAGUAGCAAAAGUCACUCAAUCUGGGCAAACGUAUGCGCAAGCUGCAAAGUCUGGGCUGAACCUUUCUCAAGUUCCAAAGAAACCAAGAGAAUGGCCUUUGAGCAGGAGUGGCAGUUCUGCCAAUAAGAACAAGAAUCGAGUUGCGACAAGACGCAAGCAUCAAGAAAGAGAAUUGAAACCGUUGAAGAACGAGUUAAAAUCUGGUAUUUGUACCAAGGAAGGAAGUUGCAGUACUAAAGAAAGUAAAGCUAUCCUUGAAGCACAGCACAAUCUAUGUUUCCAACAGAUUGGGAAUGAGAUGAAAGCUGAUUAUGAAGAGUACGACGCUACAAUGAUCGCUCAUUGCAUGAUGCAGAUCAAGGCCAAGUUCGAUACUGACAAAGGUCUGAACUUCAUUCAACAGUAUUACAGAAAUCAAGGACAGAAGAAAUUUGGUGAUGAUGGAAAGGAUGCUGUGAAUAAGGAAUUGAGACAAAUGCUCCUAAAAGAUAGUUUCACUCCCAAAUUUGUUAAAGAUAUGAGCGCUUCUGAGCGAAAGAAGGCUCAAUCAGCAAUGAUGUUUCUCUCAGAGAAGCAAUUUGAAAAGACGAUUAAAGGUCGCCUAGUAUUCCAAGGCGAUGGAACCUACAGAGUCUGA